AUGAGAAAUAUCCAAAUUCAUUGGCAGUACAUCUUGUUCCUUCUUUUUUCGUAUUUUGACGUUAAUAUGGCUGAGUUUCUAACUGACAAUACUAAUUCACUAUUAAAUUAUGGAUAUCAUGAUCCAACGACAUUUCCCCUCGGAUGUUCACCAGAAUUUACAAAGACCAAAAAAGGUCUAUCUAUGGAACUAUACCGAUAUGAUUAUCUGCCGCCAGGAUCGUACCCUUGCUGGGACUCAGCGUAUCUCAAUCCCAGCUACCCUAGAACAGGUUAUAAAGCCAAAAAAUUAAUUGCCACAGUUGAUGGAGUCUCUGGUGACAUUAACUUUAAAUUUAACCCAAAAUUUGGCUGCAAGGCAAUACCUGAUUAUCUUCCUUCAAACUUUAAUUACCAUGAGCCAAUCACAAUUACCAACUUCACCAUGAUUCUCUAUGGAUAUUUCAUGCCAAAGACCACUGCUUUUCAUACCUUCUAUGUAACGGCUGAUGAUCUAUUAUUUAUGAAUUUUGGUGCUGGUAAUGCUUUUGACUGUUGUAGGAGGGAAGAAACUGCUGACAAAUUUGGUAACUAUGCAGCCUAUUCAGUUUGGGGCAAAAAAAGCCUCAAAAAUGAACUUACUGUUUAUUUACAUACGGGUGUUUAUUAUCCAAUCAGACUUUUCUACAAUAAUCGAGAUUAUAUUGCUCAAUUAGACAUCAGAUUCAAAACAGAGCAUUCAAAUGCAAUAAUAACCAAUUUUACGGAUUAUUUUUACUCAGUUGAUGACAGUUCACUCGGCUGUCCUGGUUUAAUUACAUACGAGAAACAAUGUGCAGAUGUACAAUCACCAAGGAUUGUCGAGACCAAAUUCCUGACUGUCCAACCUGGAGAUGAAAUUCUUCCAAUAACAAAAACAAUUCUGUAUGUGGGUGUACCUUGCAGCUCGAGUGAACCUCUAUACCAGUCCUCUCCUUCCACAUCAUCGAGAAGAUUAGACUGUCCAUCAGAUCUGUUUUUUGAUCCGUUGGCGGAAGAAUGUGUUACCAUAUCCACACCUUCUUUCCCUCCUAUACCAUCAUCGUCAUCAUUGCCAACUUCAUCACAAGAAUAUUCAUCUAGCUCUCACCGACUCCCCAGUAGUUCUCAUGCUCUGAUUCACAGCUCAAGCGUCGUAAUAUCAACUAUCUCAAGUUCGAUGCCAAGUUCGAUGCCUAGCUCAGUGAUCAAGCCAUCGACAGUUUCGAACCACUCGAGUUCGAUGCCAAGUUCGAUACCAAGUUCGAUGCCAAGUUCGAUGCCAAGUUCGAUGCCAAGUUCGAUACCAAGUUCGAUGCCAAGUUCGAUGCCAAGUUCGAUACCAAGUUCGAUACCAAGUUCGAUACCAAGUUCGAUGCCAAGUUCGAUGCCAGGUUCGAUGCCAAGUUCGAUACCAAGUUCGAUGCCAAGUUCGAUACCAAGUUCGAUGCCAAGUUCGAUACCAAGUUCGAUACCAAGUUCGAUGCCAAGUUCGAUGCCAAGUUCGAUGCCUAGCUCGGUGAUCAAGCCAUCGACAGUUUCGAACCACUCGAGUUCGAUGCCAAGUUCGAUUCCAGGUUCGAUGCCAAGUUCGAUACCAAGUUCGAUGCCAAGUUCGAUGCCUAGCUCGGUGAUCAAGCCAUCGACAGUUUCGAACCACUCGAGUUCGAUACCAAAAUCCUCUACUCCCACGGGAGAUAUCCCAGAGCCACGAAUUCUUAAUAUUACUACCACCAUCACCAAUCAUAGUAGUGAAACACCACCAUUUAGUGGACAUUAUUCAAUGCACUCUGAAAGGUCAACGCAUAACUUUACCUCUUAUCCAAGAUCUCGUCACGACACUCCAUUUUUUUCCACACCUACUAGAUCUAAAAGUUUGAGUUCAAUUAAUCCAACUAGAGCUUACCAUAGUAGCAUUCCGCUAUUUUCAAGCUCUGACAAUAGCUCCAACAUCGAGUCAAGUAUUAUCUCUAGUUCUUCAUCCUUUGAGUUGAGGUCGGUCUCGACCCCGAAACUAAUAUCCUCAACAAUGGUACCAAUUUUCAGUAAGACUAAAAGCUCCACUCGCUCACACAUUUACUGGAAUAGGUCAACUAUAGAAACAGCUUCAUCACGGAGUCCAAGUCCAAGUCCAAGUCCAAGUCCAAGUCCAAGUCCAAGUCCAAGUCCAAGUCCAAGACCUGACCCUCAACCAAGUCCAAGACCUGACCCUCAACCAAGUCCAAGACCGGACCCUCAACCAAGUCCAAGACCUGACCCUCAACCAAGUCCAAGACCUGACCCUCAACCAAGUCCAAGACCGGACCCUCAACCAAGUCCAAGACCUGACCCUCAACCAAGUCCAAGACCUGACCCUCAACCAAGUCCAAGACCGGACCCUCAACCAAGUCCAAGACCUGACCCUCAACCAAGUCCAAGACCUGACCCUCAACCAAGUCCAAGACCUGACCCUCAACCAAGUCCAAGACCUGACCCUCAACCAAGUCCAAGACCUGACCCUCAACCAAGUCCAAGACCUGACCCUCAACCAAGUCCAAGACCUGACCCUCAACCAAGUCCAAGACCUGACCCUCAACCAAGUCCAAGACCGAAUCCUCAACCAAGUCCAACUCCGAAGCUACUGUCCGAUUUUUCAUCAUUGCAUCAUUCACACUCUCUAAAUGCCAUUUUUAGAAGCGCCACAAGCCGGCAUGAUACUUACACCACUAUUUCUGCUUUUUUUACCCCACGCUUAUCACUACAAAUCACUACACUAGUACAACAACCAACAGCGUCGGAUGCUUUGAAUAGCUUGUACCUUGGUGGAACAUAUCGUCUCAAUGUUAGUUACUUUUUAUUUCCAGCGCUUUUAAUAUUUACAAUUGCCAAUAUUCUUGUUUAG